AUGCCUGAAAUGACAGAAACCAACUCUCCAAUCCGCUACCCAAUCUCUGCUACUCUCCCCCCACAAUCCCGCCCCUCAGCAUAUACCCCCUCCUCCCUGUCCUCACCACCCGUCCUACCCCCCUCUGCGACCCUCACCGACGAGCCUCCACCUCCACCAUACACCACCACUCCCUCCCUCCAAGUCUCCGCCGCCGCCUCAGCCUCAGCACCCAACCCAGGUUUCUGCAUCCUCGCCUUCAGCGAGAGACACGCCAAUCGAACACCGGGCGGCGGGAUGACUGCCGCCCAGUACUUCGCUCCAUGUCCUGCCUGCGGAAUCGUCGUCGACGACGAGAUUCCAGGGACGUACAAGGAGUCCUGGCGUGAGUGGGUAGAUCCAAGCGUGAAUUUUCGGUGGGAGAGUCAUGUUGCGCCGAGUGCGAAUGCGGCGCGGGAGAAUGCGGAGAAGGUGAAAGCUGGGGAGGAGGUGGUGAGUGUGGAGAGAUUAGCCUGCUGGAUUUGCUGGGAGUAUGAGGAGAGGUGGGUGGGAUUGAUGGCGCCUGAGGAGUGGUAUCUUCAUCAGCGACGCCAUUUUAAGGACGAGGGCUUUAGGGUUUGUGUUGGGAAGACGGGGGGGAUGCAGAGGAGGAGGAAUUGUAUGGUGAAGAAUUGUCCAAAGAUUCAUUCUUGA